AUGUUCUCCCAGCCCGGCGCCGCCCCCGCACCGGCUCCCGCGCAUGCGCAGCAGCCGGCUGCGGCGUCGCCGCUGCGGCGGCGCUUCAGCUCCGCGGCGGACCUGUCGGCGCCCUCCGCCUCCGCCGCCCCCGCCGCCUCCGUCGCCCUUGCCAGCCCGGCGGCCGGCCUCUACUCGCGCGUGGGCGGCAGCCAGCUGGACGUGCGCACGUCGCCGCUGGACCGCUCGCAGAGCUUCCUCGACCUGUCCGCCACCCCCGCAGCCAGCGCCGCCCCCGCCGCCGCCCCCGCACCCGCGAGGGAGCGCUCUGCCGACGCGCAGCAGGCCACGGCCUCGCUUCCGCGGAGGACGUCCUUCAGCGGCACAGGCCUGCUGCACUCGCGGUCGCAGAGCCUGCUGGACGUGCGCGCGCACCGCAACAGCAUCGCGGGGGAUCCCCGCGUCGGCCAGAUGAUGGAGCGGCGGCAGCGCGGCCUGUCCAAGCUGCGGGGGCUCGUCAUCCCAGAGCGCGUGCCUGAGCUGCCGGUGCUGCUGCCGGAUCUGCCGGAGAUCAAGUCUGUACCUCCACCACCUGUCUCUACAAGGAGCUCAUGGACUCCUUCUUCCUCAACUCCAACCAAGAGAACGACAGCAACAAACUGGACCCGGUCAGAUCUGUCCACGGCACCUCUGAACAGGCCAGCCAGCUGGCAGUCAGAAAAUGUGGCACCUUUAUCACAGAACCAUUUCAGUGCUCCAAAACCAUUAAGUGCUACAGGUGCAUCUCCAGUAACAAGCUGGAACCCAUCAACUGUGGCCACACGAGAGAAUUCUCGUCCAUCCUGGUCUUCAUCAGCAUCUGUUCCGAAGUAUUCACCUGCCUUCAAGCGAAAGAGCCUCUCUGUAAGCUCUUCACUCAGCUCGUCUCUGUCCUCGAGUCGCGAGGAGCUGCGGCCGUUGUUUGAGGCGACUCCUAACACCCGGCCACCACCGCUACCAUCCUCCAGACCGCCACCACUUCAGCCACCUGCAGAACCAAAGUCAUUAGAAAGCAUCGCUUCAUCCCCCACACGCUCGGACAUCAGCUUUGACUUUAAAGUCGGCGCAGCUCGGAGCCCUUCUGCUGCACCGGAGGCAGAUGUACUUACCCCUCACAGCAAAGGUGGUGGAGGAGAUGAUUCUGAUGACUCAGCAGUCAGUUCGAGUCGCUCGAGCCAGUACUCCCCGCCGUCAUCGCCACUACGUAGAACACUCGCUUCUGGCACUGACCAGUCAAGCCCCACUGGGCGUGUGCUGAAGCCGAAGAGUGUGGAAGCCAUAAAUCGAAAAAAUGUUUUGUCGUCAGCUAGACACAGCAGUGGAAGAGACCUCAAGGCAGGCUCACCCCUGAUACAGCGAAAGAUGCCUGAAGACAUUGCCACAGAAGUAAACAGUGCUAUUGUUACGCCUAUUGAAGAUAAUAGUGCCAUACACACACAAGAGGAGAAAAUACAUCAGUAUAGCCAGAACACAGAAAAUGUAAGCGAGAAGGGUGGGGCAGAAAAUCUAGUAAAUAAGGGUGAAAAUAAUAAUGCCAAUUUGUAUGACAGACCAGAUGAUGAUGCUACAAUUGAGCAUCGACAUGUUGGAAAACAGGAAGUUGUUGAAGCUAACGUUAGAAGAAACAUUAAUAGUACACCAGUUAGCCAUUAUAAGACUGAAGAAAGGUUAUUCAGAGCACCAUAUUCCAAUUUUGACCAGAUGAACAGCACAUUGCAAGGAAAAGUUGAUGAUAGGAUUGCAAUGGUGCAUCACAGAACAGAUAAUAGUUCUACUACUGUCAUUCGGAGAAGCAUGGAGAUCGUCACUUCAGUUGGACCAAGUAAAUCAACUGGUGACAAACAAGCUCCACACUGGAGCACCUCCAGAGAGCGACAUACUGGUUCUGUUGGGGAUGCUAACAGCUCCUUUGCAGGUCAAAAAGAGGGAAAAAAUGAUGAAGUAAGAAGCAAUCUGGAAGCUCCUACUGACAGAUUUGAUACUAAGGAGAAAAAUAAUAGAUUGUCAACCAAUAAUAAUAAGUUUGAAGGUGAUGAAACUAGUAAACACCAAUUUGCAACUGCUCGAAGCAAGUUUGAAGACAGCUCAAUUGCUGGAAGGCCAACAUACCAGAAAUCUGAGGAGAGCAAAGUAUUUCCAAGGCAAAGGAAAAGUGAUGAAAAUAGUGCAGUCCUUCGGCGUCAAAAUGCCAUUGAAGACAACAUACUGGAGUUGAAUGGAAAUGACCCCAUCAUAGACAGCAAGUCUCCCCCCGUGGCAGCUCCACGCCGCUACGUCACUCAGUGGGAGGCUUCUUCCCCCAGCAACACGUCACCAUUAGAGAGCCCAUUAUCGCCUGUACCUCCUUCAGUUCCUCCUAAACCCACCUCCAAAUUGUCAAAUGGAAGUAAUGGAAGCAUCACGAGGCAAGACCCAGGUCCUACACUCGUAAAGCACUUCAGAGGUUCCUCUCUGGACUCUACAGCCAGUGAUGACAACACUCUGCGAGAUAGUGUGCUCUACGGCAGUGUCUCCUCACUUUCUUCAGCUUCGAGCCUCAUAACACCACAGGAACUACAGCAGCUGAUGAAUGAGGCAAAUCAGAGUCUUGAUGAAAGUGGCUUAUGCAGUCCAGUCACAUUAGAAGUAAUAGUUUUGCAUAGGGAUCCAGCUGGCGGGGGCGUCGGCAUUACACUGGCUGGUGGAGCAGACUAUGAAGCCAAGGAAAUAACUGUACAUAAAGUUUUGGCAGGCAGCCCUGCAGAUAGAGAUGGGCGUCUACAGAAAGGAGACCGCAUUCUUUCAAUUAAUGGUCACAGCAUGAAAGGUGUCACUCAUCAAGAGUCAUUGCGUAUAUUGAAGUCUCCCUCAGCAGAAGUUGUGCUAGUUGUGAUGAAGAAGGGAUCAGAGGGCGUAUCAAGUCCAUCAUAUGAGGAACCCUCAUUUGGCCGUAAAAUGGCUCCAUUUAGAGUACUUGAACAGUUGAAAGAGAAUAGUGUUGAAACAGUAGGUACAAGUGGUGUAUUGCUGGAUGGUAAUGAAGGUGGUCCCCCUGUGAAUCUGGUACUGUGCAAAGAUGGAGCAGGACUAGGUUUCAGUUUGGAUGGUGGCAGAGACUCACCACUUGGAGACAGACCAUUAACUGUGAAGAAAAUAUUCACAGGUGGAGCAGCUGAAAAGCAGGGGCAGCUGAAAGCGGGAGAUGAACUUCUGGCAGUGGCUGGCUCUGAUGUCACCAACAUGACUAGGAUUGAAGCCUGGACACUCAUGAAGAAGCUGCCAAGUGGUCCUGUCACUAUUUCUAUCAGGCCAAAAGCUGCAGUGUGACACUAAUUAGAAUGUAGGUUGUGCCAAAAGUGUGAAAUUGGGAUUCCUAAAAUAAGACUGUGGAAAUGAUCACAACAUAACGUAUCAUCUGCUGCUUCACAAUGUUCAACGAGCAGCAGGUAGAAAAAAAUGAUUAAUGAAUGUGUAUCAACGUCAGAUGAUUCAGUGGUUUGCUAAAGUUGUACUGUAAGUGUUGUAUGUAAUAUAAGUGACAGUUAACUGUCACUGUAAAAUGCAGACAUUGAAAGAAACUUACAUUUCAUAGGGGAAUGUGUGCAAUGUGAUGUAUGCAUCAACAUAGUGUGUGUUUAUUUUAACUACAGUAUCUGAGUAUCAUACUACUAAAUCCUGUAACUUUGUACGAAGGAAUGGGAAAAUUUAUUUGGUGAAUUAAUCCAGCUAUGUCUUCCAGAUAGUGCUGUUAACCAUAGUAAAGAUGGUAGUGACAGUGAACUAUCAACCAAGUGUUUUGCACUUACUGACCUGGAAGGCAACUGCACAUAAAAUUGUUAUUGAUAAAUACAUAGAAAAAUAUAUAUAUUUUUAGGAGAAAUGUUACUGUUAGCAUGAAUAUUAUUCAUACUGUUAAUACAAUUGUGUUGUAUGUAAUAAUUUAUUGUUGUGUUAUUUCUUCAGAAUUUUAUAGAUACAGCUGCUUUAACUAUGGCAGCUUCAUCAAUGUAGAAAUGAAAUAUGUUAAAAGAAUGUAUAUAUUAAACAUUUAACAGUGCUUUGUAGCUCAUAUUUUAAUACUGUUUUCUUAUAUUUCCUAGGAAUAUCUGAAAUAUUAACCAAUUGUGAGAAUAUUUGUCACAUUGCAAGCAUCACAUACACUGAUGUUAUUUUUUUCAACAGGAACCCGACAAUUGUAAUGAGAUCACACAAAAUGUCUCAUAUUAUGUUCAAAGAGCAAUAUGCAAGCCUCAUUUUGUAUCAACAAAUGUCUAUUCUGCCAUGCCAGUUAGUCAUACUGAGGAAAUUUUAUAUCAGUAGAGUGACAAAGAAAUGUUUUGAAAGUUUUUUGAAAUUAUGUCAUCUACAGUUUGAAACUUCCAAGCAGAUAUAGAUGUAGAUAUGUGUGACAGGUCUGAUUCUCGAACCUAUGUGUUUAUUCAGUACAAAUUAUUCUCUCCACAAAAAAAAAACACUCCACUGAAAAAUUUUUCUCCAUAAAAACACAUCUGCACACUAUCUGAGUACU